CUGCAUAACUCACGCACAGCAUCGAUCCCCAGUUGGUGUAGAGGAUCAUCACAGCCCUAUUGUAGGACAUUCACGUGCCACUGUUUGAUCACUGGAAACCAGCCCGAGAGUGACUAAUUGUGCUCGCGUGAAGGUAGGAGGUGAUCUUCUGUGUUGGCGAUGAUCGACUCCGCAUUGGGUAUUCUAGGAGAGCCUCAAGAUCACCACAACGUGCUUUUGCUGUGAGUGCACUGGGUGCAUUUGAGACAAUUGGUCAUCAGUGGUCCGCGUUACGGUGUUUGUGAUCAAAUAUGCCAGCGAAUCAGUGCAAAAAUUGUGGCGGUGCCAAAGACUAUAACAACAACCACUCGCCGUACACCAGCGCCUACGGCAGUGUCAUUAAUCCCAGUGGCAAGGGGGCUGCCAAUAUGAUCGUUCAGCCCGCCGUGACCACCCAUGUGCGCGCCAAGAUCAUGUGGGGCACCGUGGGGGCCAUCAAGGAGCUCCGCGAGAAGGAGCAGGCCGAGAAGAACCGCGCCGCGCGCGCCGAGAGGAGACAAUAGUCCAGCUGCUCCCAAAUCACACAUCUCUCCAAUGUGCCUUUCAUCGUCUCACCUAUUUAAUCAUCCAUCAUUGCAUCGCUCGGCAGAGCCACUCCUCAGAUUCAUCACCAUUUCCCUGAUUAUUGCUAUUGCACAGGCUCAGGCCAAAGACA